AAGUAUUAAUCCACGAUGCUCUUGUAACUGAUUGAAUUUCCAUAUCGUUAAUCAAGGAUUCAAAUCAGAGUGUCAAUUUACACGAAGAAGAAGAAAAGAUAAGCUACUUUACAAAGCAAUUCAUCGACAAUUGAAGGAAUUAAUUCUUUAGUAGAAGAAUAACUUGUAGGAAGGGUGAAUUCGUCAAAAAAAAAAGAGAAUCAGAUGCUUUAAGAUAAGAUUUUGAGUCACUUAUUUAAAAGAAAAAAACAGCAUAGCAUCAAACUUUAUGGCAAAAUAUCAAGUAGUCAUAAAGCUUGUUUUUCUCCAUAUCUAGAUAAUAUAAUAUUAGACUUGCAGAAAAUUGUUCAAUAAUCUCUUAAGAUGGGUGCAAAGCAAUCAAUUAAGAAUCCAAAAGAUAGAGAGCGAACGUCUGUGAGGACAGAAGAACCAAGUGAGCUAAGACCAGAAAUAAGUAAAACUGAUGUCAAUUAUAAUGAAGAAACAACAAUUAUAAGAGUCCAGCCUCCAUGUAUAAGACCUAAGCUUCCAUAUUAUCUGAAUAAGAUCUUGAAAGAAUCAGAAUCUCCGUUGGAGAUUGAUAGAUUGUCCAUGGAGCGACUAUAUAAUGGAGUCUACCUCAAACAGAAUAAGAAGAAGUACUGGAUUGACAGAACGAAUAACGCAAACUGCUUUAUGCUAUAUGCAAAAGAUCUCUCAAUCACAUGGGUAGAAGACAAUCGUUACUGGAAUUGGGUAGAAAUAAAAGAGACAAGCGAUGAAAAAAUUUUAGCAGCAGAACUAAAAAGUGUGCGUUGGCUGGAAGUUUGUGGGAGGUUUGAUACAGAAGCACUUACGCCAGAAAAAUUGUACGAGGUUGUGUUUGUGGUGAAGAUAAAAGAAUAUGCAGAUGGACUGGAAUCAAUUACAUUGAGGCUUAUCAUCCCAAAUAAGUCGAGCAAAGAUGUUACAGUAAAUCUGAUGAAUGUAACAGCAAGAGAACAAUGGAUAGAAGUGCCAGUAGGUGAGUUAUUCACAAUCAGUGAGCUUAAGAAGAAGAAGAAGAGGGAAGAGAUUGAGAUUUUUCUAUAUGAAACCGAGAAACUGAAUUGUAAACAGGGUUUAGUCAUCAAAGGUAUUGUUAUUCGUCCCAAAGUGUCCUGAGAUUUUCCGUCUGGUUGAUAUACAAGAAUGACUUUGGAGGUGGAUGAUCUUGAACUUUUAAUCUUGCGCCCCAUGAACAGAACAUCAAGUAUCGACUUUUGGCGUCAAAGGUUUAACCAUGUAGCAAAAGUUCAAGACCACCUAUUUCCAAGGUCAUUAGAUGUUAAUAUAUUUCCUAAAGAAUAAGAAGCUUAUGCAAUUUAUUUUGGAGA